AUGGACGAAAAAGACCACGACAAGAAAGACCAUUCGAGCUCCGAUGGCACCUACGUUGGCGAGUCCAGCGCCUCGCCCAGCAGCCACCUCAAGGUCGAAACGAACCUCAACGAUGUCGAGCCCGGCCCGAUGAGCACGGCCUCGUCGCGGCGAGAACAGGCCACCCGGUUCGAAGAUGACCUGCAGCUGAUGCAAGCCGAGCGCGUGGUGUCUCAAUCGACGCAAGCCCAGAGCCAGCACGGGCGCAGCUCGAUCGCCCGAUCGCGAUCGCACCGCAGCCACAUCGACGAGUUCGACGAGGCCACGAACCCCCUGCACGAGAAGUCCGCCAUGUACACGCCCCCGGAAAGCCCUGCGACGAAGCUCUCUGCGUUCGUGAAGAAGGUGCACGAGUCCAGCUUCAUCGUCCGAUACCUGACCUACAUCGUCCCCGUCGUGCUGCUCCUCCUGAUCCCGCUGCUGCUCGGCGCGCUGAAAUACACCGAGACCAGCGUCGGCGGCGUCGAAUUGAUGUGGUUCUCGAUCUGGCUGGAGAUUGUGUGGUUGACGCUGUGGGCUGCGCGCGUGGUGGGCAAGUGUAUCCCGCCGGUGGUGAGCGUCGUGGCCAGCAUCUUCACCAACAACGCGAAGAAGUGGCGCGACAUGGCCAAGCAGCUGGAGGUGCACUUUGUGCUGUUCUUCUGGUGGCUUGCCGUCGAGAUUUCCUUCCUGCCGACGACGAAGAACCACCAUGUGGACGGCGAUAAGCGCACGCGCAGCUGGGAGAGCACGCUGAACAAGCUCAUCAUCGUGGGCCUGGUCUGGACGGUGCUGAACCUGGUGGAAAAGGUCCUGAUCCAGCUGAUUGCGAUUAGCUUCCACCAGCGCACGUACGACGACCGCAUCCAGCUCAACAAGUUCCAGAUCGGCAGCUUGACGAAGCUGUAUCACUUCUCGCGGUCUCGCAUCACCGAGGAGGACGACGCAUUCGAGCAGAACAACAACGAGAAGGAGUCGGACAAUCCCAAGAACCCGCUGCAGUAUGCCACCAAGGCCGGACGAGUAGCCCAGAAGGCCGUGAAGAACGUCAGCAACAAGGUCGGCGAUGUUGCUGGGGGAGUUCUUGCAGACUUUACAGGCAAGCAGGGGAAGAACAGCGGAGAUCCAUACCAGGUCAUUCUGGCCCUGCUGCGGUCGACUUCAGGCUGCCAGGUGCUUGCUCGUCGUCUGUAUCGGACGUUUGUGCGCGACGGCUUUGACACGGUCUUCUCAGGCGAUCUGAAGGAGGCGUUUGACGACAACGAGGAGGCAGAGGCGGCAUUCUCCAUGUUCGACCGCGACAUGAACGGCGACAUCUCGAUGGAAGAGCUCGAGGCUGUCUGCGUUGAUAUCGGCCGUGAGCGCAAGUCCAUCACUGCCUCGCUCAAGGACCUGGACUCGGUCAUAUCCAAACUGGACCAGGUGUUCAUGUUCUUCGUCUUCAUCAUCAUCGUCAUCGUCUUCCUUACCCUGAUAUCAACCUCCGCAGCAGGAGUCUUGACAUCGGCCGGCUCAACCAUCCUCGCUCUCUCCUGGAUGUUCUCGACCACUGCCACCGAGUUCCUCCAAUCCAUCAUCUUCGUCUUCGUCAAGCACCCCUUCGACGUCGGCGACCGCGUCACCAUCUACGGCAACGCCGGCGACAACGGCCUCGGCGACGACUACUUCGUCAAGGAAAUCGCCCUGCUCUACACCGAGUUCAAGAAGAUGCAGGGCCACAUCGUGCAAGCCCCGAACAGCGUCCUCAACAACCUCUUCGUCCUGAACCAACGCCGCACCGGCGCCCUGGCCGAAGCCCUCCCCAUCGUCAUCAAAUACGGCACCACCAUCGACCAAAUGGAGCGCCUCCGCCAGCGCCUCGUCGAGUUCGUGCGCAGCGAGAAGCGCGACUUCCAGAGCAUGAUCCUCACCGAGCUCCGCGAGGUCACAGAGAACCUAUCACUCACCCUGAACGUCGUCUUCUUCUAUAAAUCGAACUGGCAGAACGAAGGCCUCCGUCUCCAGCGCCGCAACAAGUUCAUCUGCAUGCUCAUGGUCGCUCUCCAGGAAAUCGGCAUCGAGGGCCCUCGCAUGAACCUCCAGGGUUACCAUGUCAAUACGCCCAUGCAUAUUGCCUACGCUGGGCCUCCGCCUACUGGUGCUCCGCCGCCCACAUACCAGGACCAGGAUUCUACAGCAGCCGCACAAGAGGGUACCGGACCCGGCCAAGUCCGCAUCGACGAACACUCGCAGAGCAUCCCCGAGAACAGCGGCAGCAGCAGCGGCGUGCAGCACCGCCCCUCCAUUCUCCGCCGGGGCAUGGACACCGCCGCAGCCCGAUCCCGCGGCCAGUCCGUCAGCAAGCCCAAGCACGUCGACUUCUCGCUCGGCAUGUCCGACAUCUCCUCGAACGAUAUCAUGGGCGAUGUGUUCGAGGACCGCGGUAGUAGCUCGCAGGUGGAUGAUGUGGUGCGGAAUGCGAACCAGCAGGCUGCGGACCGCCGGAUGCAGGAGAUUGCGGAGGAGGAGCGCAAUUCGUCUCAGGAGGCUAGGUCUUCUGCUGAUGGGAGGAGUGUGCGGAGUGGGACGUCUUCUGCCAGACAUCGGUUUGGCAGGAGGAGGGGGAGUGUUAGUCGUGAGCGUGGGGGGGAUAUAGAGGCUGGGUCUGCGAGGAGUGUACGCGACUAG